UCCCUCAGCUCCCUACUGCAACCGCCCACCCCACCAGGAGGAGAGAGACAGCGCCGCCCUCGUCGUCGUCAUGUCCAUAUCGGUAGCAACGGUGACGUCAUGCAAUGGGCGUCAGGAGGCGGGGUUUCGCUCAGUGCAAGGGCUCGGGGGCGUGAGCUUCGUCAAAGCAGGAGGAGGAGGAGGAGGAGGAGGAGGUGGAGGAAUGGGUGUCGACGUGGGCGGGGCCAGCGUGAUGCAGACCACGCCCCCUCACCACGAGGCCGGUUCCGCUCUGCCCCAUAACGGCCUGACCAACCUCAGAACAACAAGCCCGCCGGAGCUGCCGACGCUCGCCCAUGACAUUCUGACCCCGGAGAACCUCCCCUCCUCCUCCCCGCCCAUCUUCUCCCCGCCCGUGCCACCCACGGUGCCCAUCUACUCCCCAGUGUCGCCCGAGGGCGGCAAAAACGACACCAACUACUUCUUCCCCUGCGGAGGAGGAGGAGGAGGAUACUCCUCGGCCACUUCGACGCUCUCCACCACCUGCAGGGCGUCGCCCGAGACGGAGACCAUCAAGAGCGCCCUCUGGGGCUCCAGGCACCGCAACCAGAGGUACAACUCGGUGGCUGAUUCCGAGGCCGGAUCCAUCUCAGAUUGCACAGAGGGAGAACGAUCGCCCACGUUGCAGGACUACGCCCCAGAGCUGGAUCGCGAGAACGGCGUGACGGGAGGGCGUGGCCAGCCCUUGGAGAUGUUCAACAUGGACUUCCACCAUUAUGAAACGACGAACGGAAUGUACAGCGGAAGGGGCGGAAUGUACACGCCCACGAUGCAGGACGUUUCGGCCACGCCCACAAACAUGUGGCCACAACAAGUGGAUUACGGGAUGCAGGAUCUCGGUUCCAUGAAGUCGCCCUCGACCCCACCACUGAGCUUUCCUCCUCGAGUCUACACCACUGCCCAAGUGCCACAGCGGCAGUCAUGCCCCAUCCCAGCCAAUGCUGCAAUACCCUCGCUGAAUCAGCUCCAGGGAAGCAGCAUGCCCCUCAGCAGAUCUACCCUCGGGUACAGCGGCUACGAGAUGGCGACCGGGUCUUGGGCAGCCGCCGCCGAUGCCUAUGGCACGUACGCUCCACAGGUCCGCAAUGCCAUAUCCGCCGUGAAGGGUGCUUACGAAACCGUGACGUCGGAAGCCAGCCUCUACAACUGCCGGGAGAGGCGGGAAUGCGCCAACUGCGCCGCCUCUCGGACGCCCCUCUGGCGUCGGGACUCCUCCACCGGGUAUUACCUGUGCAACGCCUGCGCCCUUUACACCCGCACCAACGGCAUCAACAGGCCCCUGGGGAAGGCGCCCACGCGUAGACUCUCUGGAUCCAGGAGAGCAGGACAGCAAUGCAGCAACUGCCACACGACAGUGACAUCUCUCUGGCGUCGCAACCCGCAGGGAGAAGCCGUGUGCAACGCCUGCGGACUCUACUAUAAACUCCACAACGUGAACCGACCUCUGACCAUGAAGAAGGAGAGCAUUCAGACCAGGAAGCGGAAACCCAAGAAGAACGGCGACAGCAAGUCCGCCUCCUCCACCGGUUCCUCCACUUCCUCCUCCUCGACGUCUGUGUCCUCCUCCGCAGUUCCUUCGACGACGCCGUCUUCCUCCGCCUCUUCCAACGUCCUCGGGGGCGGGGUCUCGUCGAUGACCUCGACAGUGGCCACCUCGCACUCGGGUGCUUCCUUGUCCUCCUCGAAGUAUAACCACCAAUGCUCCUCGCCCACAACUUCGGUCAAGAACGAGCUAUCAGGAGCACACUACGCCACAAUGUACGGCUCCCUCUCCUCGUCUGCGUACUCCUCACACGCCCCGCCCUCCUCCUCCUCCUCAUCGGUGUCCCUGGGAUCGUCCCUUCCCCCGCUCCUCUCGUCCUACACCAUCCCGGGCCUCUCAAAGUCCUCCCCCUCGACGUUACACUACGGAAGCGUCAAGGACGAGCCCCUGUCGCCUAUCGCCAACGCCAUGGGAGAACUCAGCGCCCUUUCUCACGCCCACAACGUCACCCACGCCCACUCUGCGAGCCACGCUUCUUCCUCGGAGGCGGGAUCCUCAGUCGCAUCUCCCACGGGGCUCUCCUCCUCCGCGGUGUCCCCGAGGGAGCCGCUGAGCGGAACGACGCCCUCCUCCUCCUCCUCCUCCUCCUCUUCCUCCUCCUCGGCGGGGCAGAUGAUACCCACGCCCUCCCAGAUGUCGCCCGUGCCCCUCUACGCCCCGGCCAGCAUGCUACACCCCCACAUCGUCAACUCGGGAAGCCUCUCGUGCGUGAGUCUAGGGGGGACCCCGCCCGCGGAACACGCCGCCCUGCAGCAGACCCAUUCGCCACCCAUGACGCCCACCACGCACCAGCAGCACCUGGAACAUCUGUCCUGGAAAGCCAAAUGAGGAGACGUCGUCAUGGAUGAAAGAAAGAAAGGCGUCUUUGGUGGUAUAA